AGGGGUUUCUCCCAAGACAUGGGAAAGAGGCUUAUUUAAAUGACGAAGGCAAGAGGAUCUCUCACAGAGCGCUGAAGGAAAAUGAGCUCCACAGAAGACCUUGACUAUCCUCAGAUCUUAUUUCAAUACAACAAUGGGUUUUUAGUCUCAAAGAUUAUGUUUACCACCUGUGAAUUGGGGGUGUUUGAUCUAUUGCUGGAGUCAGAAGGGCCCCUGUCUUCAGAUGCCAUUGCUGAACAUUUGGGCACCAGUGUCAGUGGAAUGGAAAGGUUGCUUGAUGCCUGCGUGGGAUUAAAGCUCCUGGAAGUCGAAAUGAAAAGUGAAGGAGCCUUUUACAGGAACACAGAGCUUUCCAACCUCUAUCUUACAAAAUCAAGUCCCAAGUCUCAGUAUCAUAAUUUGAUGUACUACUCCAAAACUGUCUAUUUGUGCUGGCACUACCUGACAGAUGCUGUGAGAGAUGGGAAAAACCAGUAUGAACGAGCAUUUGGCGUUUCAUCAAAAGACCUCUUUGGUGCUCUCUACAGAUCAGAAGAAGAGAUGAUCAAAUUCAUGUAUGGUUUAAAUGCAAUUUGGAGUAUAUGUGGCAGAGAUGUGAUUGCUGCAUUUGACCUAUCACCUUUCACCGUCAUUUACGAUCUGGGAGGAGAUUUUUUUAAAGAUCCAAUUCCAGAAGCUGACCUGUACAUUUUGGCUAGGAUCCUGCAUGACUGGGCAGAUGACAAGUGUAUGCAGCUAUUAGCAAAAAUCCACAAGGCUUGCAAGCCUGGGGGCGGAGUGCUGCUGGUUGAAACACUUUUGAAUGAAGACAAAACUGGGCCUUUAGAAGCCCAGCUUUACUCUAUGAACAUGUUGGUUCAGGCUGAAGGAAAAGAACGAACGCCAACCGAGUACAGAAAGCUCCUCGCUGCAGCUGGUUUCAGAGAGAUUCAAGUCAAGAAAACAGGAAAGCUCUAUGAUGCUAUUUUAGGAAGAAAAUAA